CGUUAUCGAAAACACAGAACUAUUGCGAAAUAACAAAAAUCGAACUCAGGGAAGUCCAUUGGUUUAUAGUAGCUCAUGAAAAAAGUAUUGGAUAUUGUACUUGGGAUUCCUAAUUUGUAAACCGCUCUAAAUAAAAGUAUAUUUUGUAACCGCUCUCUGUUAACCAUGGACGCUAAGAAAAUAAAGGAUGAUACGAACACAUUUUUUGGUCGUUUUUCCCAGAUUGUUGAGGAGGCAUUCGGUACAGCUGAUAGAACAAUGUACAGUACGGAUUUGACUGAGCUCAUCCAAGAAAGUGAAAAACGAAGAAACUGGGCAGUCAGCAUUUUAGCACAAAUAGAAAACGUUAUUCAACCGAAUCCAGCCCUGCGAAUUGAAGAUUUCAUACUCAAAGGAAUGAAUAGGGAGAAAGUUCGCGUUAGUGCUAAUGAACAACUGGGUGAAAGUAUGGAUCGCAUUAGUAGCCUUAUUAAUAAAAAUUCUCAUUAUGGUUCAUCAGGUGAAGCACUUAAAAAAUGUGCAACAGCUCAAAUAGAAAUUGGUCAAUCUGAAAGAAAAUUACAGGAAACUGUCUCUUCAGAAUACAUUGCAUGGUUACGCUGUUAUAUAGCAUCUGAAGCCAAAUUAGCUAAACAAGAACGAGAUAAAUUGGAAAAUGCUCGAUUGGAUUUAGAUCGUAUUAGAACAUCACAGAAACGUGCAAAAAGUAACAAGCAAAAUGAAUUCGAUCGAUUGUUGAAAGAUGCAGAAUCAGCUUUUAGUUUACAGUGUGAAACUACUAAACGGUGUUUACAACAAAGCAUAGACAAAUUCGAUUCGCAAAAAGAAGAGUUGACAAAACUUUUAAAAGCUCAAUCCGAACACUUUAGAGCAUGUUCUGAUGCAGUGGAAUCGGCAUUACGUGCGAUGUAAAAACAGAUCAAUCAAACCAGUUGAAUUAGUUUGACUUCUACUAAUUGUGUACUUCCAUCAUACUGAUAAUUCAACAAAACAGACAUCGACAUAUUUCACUGAAAAUGAUUCUCCAUGUCAGCUGUAUCAGUAGUUCAAAUAAUUUCAGUUUGUCUAGUUCGUUUUUAUUGGUUUUAAAUAAAGUUCAAUAUUUAGUCCCGGCUUAAGAAAACAGUAAAUCUUCAGAAUCUAAUUGUAGAUCUUCGUAAUUCGAUCAAUUAUAAUACAGAAUCAAUGAAAUUAGUGUUAUUCCAAAUCACUUAAAUCUCAAUUGUAAUAUUCAUAAACAUUUUAUCGUUAGUAUAAUCUUUUCCACUUAAUUGUAAUUACAGAGUGAAAACAUUAAGAAUUUGCCGCAAUUAUGUUAGUAAUAAAACGAAUGGAUUUUGGAUAAUAUGCCUAGACAUUUACAUCUUAUUUAUUAUUGUGUCGUAUUUAAAAGUUAAUGACAGUUUUGUUUACAUAUCUGUGAUAUCUCUAGAAAUUUUUAAAAGCAAUAUUUUUUCUUGUCAACUGUUGUUUUUUUUUGUAAUAAUAUUUGAGUUUUCUUUUCAUACUUCUAAAAAAAUAAACGGAAGAAUAAAUGUCUCUUUGUUUCUCA